UUUCUUCGUUCGUUGGCAGGUUGUACUCUUAAUUAAUCAUUCCGAAGAAUGGUCUGUAAUCGCCUUACGAUGGAUUAAUGGAUCUGCCAGCUGCCACGAGGAAAGCUCUGUUUUAUUAUUUUUGUCGCUUCCAAUCGAGCUACAUCGAGCACACGGUCUUUUAAAUUGUAGUUCCCUCUGAGUACGCUAAACGAUGGAGAACGGUCGAAUUCUUCUGACUAUCCUAACGAUCUUCGUGGUCGUCGUUAAUGGACGAGUUUAUUAUUUGCCGACUCUGGACGAGAAUCGAUACGCCGACUUGACUUACCCUGUUCCGAAUGAGCAAUCUUCGCGGGAUUUGGAUCUGAGUUUCUCCGCAGGCGAUUCGAACGAGCUUGAUAAUGUGAUACGUCCUGUUAAAAAGGUGUACACGCUUGCCGCGCCGGAAAAGCCGUUCAUCGAAGUGAACAAAGAGGAGCUACCGAUCACACGUUACAAAUUAGUCGAAGCACCUGUUAAGAGAGCCGGAUCGGAUGAUGUCAUCAUGGUCCCGGAGUUGAACCGCAGAAUGGUGAAAAUCGAUAGGAACAACAAAGGUGAAGUGAUCUUGGAGCUUCGCGUUAUCGCUAAUCAUGAUUCUGUUUAAAGAAUUUAUCAAGAAUAUACGGACGAAAGUAACUACUAAUAUGACGUGAUAAAAAGAUUAAUUUUCCUCACUGGAAAGAUUAAAAGAUAAAAGACUUUAUAUCGCUGAUAACUUUAGGGUAAAUAGUUUUAUAUUUUUACAAUGUUCAAUGUAGAAUUUGAGUUGUUAUAAAAGUUAUUAGUAAAAGAAUUAAUGUAACCAUUGCCGAAAUUCUUCAAAUUUCAGACAGUUGGAAAUUAUCCGAUAAUAUCUGCUCUCUCUAGAAUUUUCAUAAAAACGCAAAAAGUUGAAAUAAAUACAGACAACGAAAGAAAGAAA